AUGUCAGGAAAAACUGUUUUAUUAACUGGUGCCUCAGGUUUCAUCGCUUUACACAUCACUGAUGAAUUAUUAAGAAAAGGAUACAAAGUCAUUGGUACUGUUAGAUCCCAAUCAAAAGCUGAUAAAAUCACAAAACAAUUCAAAGAAUUAUAUCCAAAUGGGGAAUUAUCUUUUGAAAUAGUUGAAGAUAUUGCAGCUGAAGGUGCUUUCAAUGAAACUUUACAAAAACAUCCAGAAAUUACAGAAGUUUUACAUACUGCUUCUCCAUUUUCUUUUGGUUUGAAUAAAGAUUUGAAAGAAGCUUAUUGGAUUCCAGCUACUCAAGGUACUAAGAAUAUCUUAACAGCUAUCAAAGAUUUCGCUCCACAAGUUAAACAUGUUGUUGUUACUUCAUCAUUUGCUGCAAUUGUUGAUAUUGCUAAAUUAUUAAGUGAUAAAUCAUUUGUCCAUACUGAAGAAACUUGGAACCCAAUCACUUGGGAUCAAGUUAAAAAUGAAGUUGACGCUUACUUUGCUUCCAAGAAAUUAGCUGAAGAAUUGGCUAGAAACUUUGUUAAAGAACAAUCACCAAAUUUCACAUUAACUACAGUCAAUCCACCUUAUGUUUUGGGUCCUCAAAAAUUCGAAGAAGCUUUAGUUAACCCAACUUUAAACACUUCAGCUGAAUAUGUCAACAAAUUAUUAGCAAUCAAACCAGAUAAUGAAGAAUUCCAAUCACAACCUUCAGGUUUAGCAGUUGAUGUUCGUGAUGUUGCUAAAUUACAUGUCUUGCCUUUAGAAAAUGAAAAAUUGGCAGGUGCAAGAUUAUUCCCAACCAAUGGUGCUUUCAUCGGUCAAUCAAUCUUGGAUAUUAUUCACAAAAACUUCCCAGAAUUAGAUGGUAAAGUUGGUAAAGGUAAAUCUGAAGGUGUUGAAGAAUAUCUUGCUAACAAUUCAGCAAAAUACAAUGUUUCAAAGACUAAAGAAAUCACUGGUAUUGAAGAAUUCAUCCCAUUAGAAAAAACUAUUGUUGAUUCUGUUGCUCAAAUCUUGGCUUAUAAAAAAGCUCACAAUUAG